AACAACAAUACCCUCUUCUUCUCUUCUUCUCUUCUUCUUCUUCUUCCUCUUUACUCUCUUGUUUUUGUUGAUUAAUAAUAUUUGGAUUGAGUUAGAGUGUGUGUGUGUUGUUGUUGUUAUGGGAAGAUCCCCUUGCUGUGAAAAAGCCCACACCAACAAAGGCGCUUGGACCAAAGAUGAAGACCAACGCCUCAUCGAUUACAUUCGCCUCCAUGGUGAAGGCUGUUGGCGUACUCUCCCUAAGGCUGCUGGAUUGCUUCGUUGCGGCAAAAGCUGUAGGCUUCGUUGGAUCAAUUACCUUCGUCCUGAUCUCAAACGUGGCAAUUUCACUGAAGAUGAAGAUGAACUCAUCAUCAAACUCCAUUCCCUUCUUGGAAACAAAUGGUCUGUGAUUGCUGGUCGAUUACCUGGAAGAACAGAUAACGAAAUUAAAAACUAUUGGAACACUCACAUCAAGAGAAAACUCAUCACCCGUGGCAUCGAUCCACAAACCCACCGCCCUCUCAACGAACCCCCCACCACCGCCGCCGCCCUCUCCCCACGUUUGCCUUACCAGAACCAUCACCAUCAUCAUCGUCGUCAUCAUCAUCAUCUCACGCCCAACGACCAUUCCUCCUCUUCUUCCUCCUCUCUUCCCAACAUCGCAGAACUUCCAAUUAUGAAGGCUGCAACCAACGUCCAGUCCUCCGACCCCGACGAAGAAGGAAGCGGCACCACCACGGAGAUGGAUCCGCCCCUGCCUGCGGCGGAACCCACGUUGGGAGUCCAUGUGAAAACAGAGGUGAACUUGGAGCUCUCAAUUGGGCUGCACCCAUUUCAAGCAGAGGCAGUAAGGGGGUCGUCGCUGGGGAGCUCAGCAGAGUCGAGAUUACGAGAAGAGAGAAGGGCGUUGGUGAGGUGCUUGUGCUGGGAAUUGGGAUGGGAGAAGGGGGGAGAGUGUAACCGGAAUUGUGAGAGGACAUACGGGUGGUUCCGGGCAAGUGCUAUGGGUUCUACUUCAUAGAGACAUUUUUAGAAAGAGGUUGUAGGGAGAUGGGAGAGAAUAAUAUGAAAUCUAAAUCUCCCCCACUUGCAAUACCAAAAUGAUUAAUUAUUGUUAAUGUAGAUAUAGAUAUAAUAGAUCUAUUGUAGAUUGACAACAUUUUAUUCACUCAAAACUCACAACCCAAAACCAAAAAAAUGAAUUAAUACUUAUUAAUUAACUUUGGGUCAUUUUCCAUUAUUAUAUCUAAACCUAAUGUCUAAAUCCCCAUUUGCA